UUUGGGUGGCAGGCGGCGCAGCGUCCGCAGGCAGCCAGCGCGGCUGCUCGGGCCUUCCUCCCUUGUCUCGCAGAACCAUUCGGGGCUGAUAGUGACGCUGGGCACAAUAAGGGAAGGAGGGAGGGAGGAAGGGAGCCGGCGCUGCUGCCUGCUCCUGCCGCUGUUCUUCCCUGGCCCCGGCGCUGUGUAGGCCCGGUUGGAGCACUGGACCCGAGUUUGUGAGGGGCGCUGGGGGCUGCGUUCACCUUCCUGCGCCCGCCCCAAUUAGUCAGUGCCAAGUCAGCCUCUGGCGACGAGAGCGAGGGAGACGGUGAAGGCGGCAAAAGACGCAGGCCGAGGGGGAAGGCCUAGUCCUCUGGCUGUGCCUCUGAGGCGUCCGGGCCAAAACAACUGCUUGGCGCGAUGGUGUGAGAACGGAGCAGAGGCUGAGGGAAGAUGGCCGGUGGAGGAGGUGGUGGAGGAGGGGGCAGAAGCAUUGGGGGUACCAGAAGUAGCCCCUUUCUGGAAGCUUUGGAUAGAUCACAGUCCAAACGAGAUGGUGGCUUUAAAAAUAAUUGGAGCUUUGAUCAUUCAGAAGGAAGUGAAGGAGAUGCAGAGAAAGAUGAAGCAAGUCUUCUGAGCAUAGAUGAGAGUGAUGGAUCCUGCAGUCCCCAUGAUGAAAAGAAAUCAUUACGCUAUCGCUCAGGAUCUACUGGCACCAGAGGAGAUCCCAUAAGAACAUAUAGUAGACGAGGCAAAAUGGAAGCUUCUAGAGUUUUUAAAGGAAACCCGAUUGGUAUCAACAUGUUGGGGAGCAGCAAGAAACUGAGUGAAAAUUCUCAGAAUAUAUCUUGCCCUGGAACUAUAGUGCAUGGUAGACGUUUUCACCACGCUCAUGGACAAACAACUGUAGUAAAAACAGCAGCACAAAGCAAUCUGGAUCGAAAAGAAAGAAAAGAAUAUCCUCCUAAUAUUCAGAAGAUAGAAACUGAUUUCAGUAGACUGUCUCAGCUUCAUGAGAUGCAAAGUGUGAUGGAGAAUACAGAAGAGUCUGGUUCAGAGUCAGAAUCGGGAAUUGUGAGGAAGGUACAGCUGAAACGUCACUGCAAUUUAAAUCAAUCUGGUUUGGUUCCAUCUCCUGCUACAAAAAAGUGUGUAACCCUUCCGGAGGGCUUGGAACAAAGCAAUUAUUCCACAGUUUGCCCAUGCAAUGGGAAAGCUAGUGAAAUUCAGACCAAAUGCCAAAGGUGUGGAAAUCAAUGUCUUAGGGGUUUGCCAAGACACUCCAUGCAAAGUAUUACAGUUAAUGAGUCUUUGGGACCUUUAGCACGAGAGUCAAUACAUGAGAACUCAGCAGGGCAAAAAUCUUUAAAUACAGGAGUAAAUGCAAAGAAAUUUUAUGGGUCUUUUCCUGGGACAGUUUCAUCUGAUUGCAUAGUAAGGCGAGAAAUAGGGACUACUAUAUUGCGGCAAAAUGGAAAAGUUGGUUCUAAAAUUACUGGAAACUUGAGGCAGAAGAGUUCAACGGCAUCUGAACUAAAUGAUCCAAUUGUUUUGUCCAGUGAUGAUGAAGAGGAAGAUGAAAUUGGAAGCACUAACAGAAUGGAGAGCGUAUCACCACGUCCUGCAGAUUCAGCCUGUUCCUCCCCUGCACCUUCUACGGGGAAGGUGGAGGCAGCCUUGAAAGAGAACACUUGUGGACUAGAACAGAGACUAACUAGUAUUACAGCAGAUACAGAACCUGCAGUCACUUUACCAAGAAAAGCAAGAAUGAAAGACCAGUUUGGCAAUGUUGUAUCCAACACUCCAGUAAAACGUCGCAAAGUUACCAGUCAAGAAAUUGCAGCUGAUGUUGUCUCUUUAAAAUAUUCAAACUCUUGUGAAAGUGUAAUCCUAAACUGCCGAAGCAUAAGAAUAGGAACGUUGCGAAGAAUGGUGGUAGAACCUGUAAUUUUUUGCCUUGAUUAUAUUAAGAUACGUCUGGAAGAAUCGGAAGUUGGUAUUAGGGAUAUUAAUUUAAAAACUUCUGAACUUACGAAGUGUGAGUGGUGUGGCGUACGAAAGUUGCCAGUAGUAUUUCUGCAAACUGUACCUGCUGCCUGCCUUAGUCUGAGAUCCCAACUGAAGAUGAGCAGAGAGAAGGAUAAUGUCUGGUAUGACUGUAAAGGAGCAAAUCCAGAAGAGCAAUAUAUCAUUUUAAUUUUUGAGACGGGCCUGGAUCCUCAUGCAAAUGCAAUCUUUGAAAAAAUAAUCACUGAUGUUGGUGUCAGGAACAAUAUUUCUGAGUUCUUUGUGAAAAUUCCAUUUGAAGAAGCAAACAGUAGGCUUGUGGCUUUUACAAAAUCCUACGAAGAUACUUCCAAAGGAAAUGCUGCUCUCAAAGAAGGCAAAACAAAACAAGGUGUCUCUGAAUCUAAAAUGCAGCUUCGAAAUGCAACCCAGUUCCAGUUUUUUGAUGAUGAUGAAUGUGGAGAGCCACAUACAGUCUUUAUUGGACCUAUAGAAAAGUUGAUAGUCUAUCCUCCUCCACCUGCAAAGGGUGGUAUUUCUGUGACCAAUGAAGAUCUCCAUUGUUUAAAUGAAGGAGAGUUUUUAAAUGAUGUCAUAAUUGAUUUUUAUUUAAAGUAUCUGGUGCUUGAAAAAUUGAAAAAAGAAGAUGCUGAUAGAAUUCACAUUUUUAGUUCCUUCUUCUACAAACGCCUUAAUCAAAGAGAGAGGAGAAAUCUUCAUGAAACCUCUAAACUCACAAUUCAGCAAAAACGACAUGGGCGAGUGAAAACCUGGACACGCCAUGUGGAUAUAUUUGAGAAAGAUUUCAUUUUUGUUCCCCUUAAUGAAGCGGCACAUUGGUUUUUGGCUGUCAUUUGUUAUCCUGGUUUAGAGACACCAAUAUAUGAACCCAACCCUUACUAUCAGGAACAUGUACCUACCCAAGUUAAAUCUUCCUCUUCAGAUCAAGACAGAAGCACAUCACCUCUUACACCCCAUGACUUGGGUACAUUACAGCAUUCCUCCUCUACAACAAAGAAAGCACUGAGCAGGAAGCAUAGUGCUGCUUUGGCUGACACAGCCACAGAGGUGGAACACAGCGAGUUCAUCAUUUGCAGACGACACCUUUGUGGGAAAAGUGGGUUCAGAAAACUAAAUCAGUUAAAUAGCACUACAGAGGAAUUGAGAACUUUGGAACCUGCAGCUCAUAAACGUGAUCAUAGAAGUGUGGAGGAAAACGGCAUGCAAAGUGAACCUAAAGCUCAGAUACAUGCUUCUGAUGGUUUACAGAAAAUCAGGCUAAACUAUAGUGAAGAUUCAGCAGACAGCAGUAAACUGAAUGAAGAUGAGCUAAUAGAUUUUUCAGAAGAUCAAGAUAAUCAGGAAAACAGCAGUGAUGACGAUGGCCUUACAGAUGAUAAUUGCAACUCAGAAUUAGGACAAUGGCACCUGAAGCCAAGUAUAUGUAAACAGCCUUGCAUCCUGCUUAUGGACUCAUUGAGAGGCCCUUCCCGAUCAAAUGUUGUCAGAACUCUAAGAGAAUACUUGGAAGUGGAAUGGGAAGUUAGGAAAGGUAGUAAAAGAAGUUUCUCCAAAGAUGUCAUGAAAGGCUCAAACCCCAAAGUGCCACAACAGAACAACUUCAGUGAUUGUGGAGUUUAUGUGCUUCAGUACGUGGAGAGUUUUUUUGAGGAUCCCAUUCUAAGUUUUGAACUACCAAUGAAUCUAACAGACUGGUUUCCACGCUCAAGAAUGAAAACAAAGCGAGAAGAAAUAAGGAACAUAAUCCUUAAUUUACAGGAACAGCAGAACAAAGAAAAGAAAGGACAGAAGGAUCCUAAUUCAACCGAGAAAUCUUUACAGGAAGGAGCAGACCAGUUCAUCAGCAGCAGUUCAGACUAAAUAUUUUCUCUAUUGCAACACUCAAAAACAGAUCUGCUUUCUACACUCUGCCCAAACUAGGGACUUUGGAGUAUUAUCAGCUCAGACUUACUUCUGUUGAUCAUAAAUUUGUGUCAUAAACUGAACAGAUUCCUCUCCAAAUGUAUUAAAUAGACAAAUAUGUACAUAUGUGAACUAGGCCAACUUUUUUCAACAUUUGUAAUUAAGUUUUUCACUUCUUAGGAAACCUUUGUUAUGUAUUUCUGUUAAUAGAAUUGAAUAGCAACUUCUAGACACAAAGCAAAUAAAAAUAUUUAUAGGAUAACUUUGGUUAACUUUUUCUGUUUUUAAGUAAUAUUGUCAUUUAUCAUUUCCCAGUAAGACUUCUGUAAUGCAUGGGGAAUGCCUAUGUAGCAAGUUAAUCAAAUUCAUACUUUGAUUUACAGUUGCCAUUACAAGAUGUUCUGUUUCAGCUGUGUGCAACAAUACAAGAAUGUGUCUCAAUGCACUGUGUUUCCAAGGUGAGUAGUUUGCAUUCAGAGUCCACAUGCAGGCCAUGUAGCCUUCAGUAACGAACAUUUCAGAUAUAGAACAUAUAUAACGAAAGAGAACUUCACAAGUGCUUGGGAUGCUGCUGCUUUAUGACUGCAGGGCAUCUUUUUGAGCAGUAUUUCAUUAUUGGUCUCCAACACAGUUAAUUUCAGUAAUACUGUCAGAUCCUUUCUUUUGUCGUUCCUGAUUGUUGUGCAACUGUACUUUGACAAUUAUUUCAUUAUGGAAUUGUAUUUUUGGUAAGUGUGCUUGAAAUAGCAGCCGAUUGCCCACAAGACAUUUUCUGUGUUGGACUUCUGAAUGUCACAUCCAUGUGCUUUAUCAAAUGAACAUUUUUAAAAUGUAUCAGUACUAUAUUUUGUAAUGUUCAGAGAACCAAACUAUUGCUAGACCUUCAUUGCUUGCCUGCUUCUUAAUUUUCAGUGGAACUGUCUAACAAUCCUGAGUCAACUUGAUGGCAUAUUUCCAUGAUGUAAUUUGAUUUUUAAGUUAUUGUAAAAGUACAGCCUUCUGAAACCAGCUCCUCUAAAUAUCCAGAACGAGCCAAAUACCUUCUGUAGCUCUUUUUAAAAAUAUAAAUUUCAAUACUAAAAAAACAAGGGCAUAGAAACUCCUCUUGCAAAGAUGUUCUACUGUAACUUUUCUUAUGUUCAAAUUUUUUUUUGCAUCAUAUGGGUGGAAAUAGACUGUCAGGUGAAGAUGUGGGGGAGGGAGGAUGUAGAGAAAGUAGGAGGGAGUCUAUACCACCAUCACAACUUCAUACAUUUUCAGAUCCCUUUUUAUCUUUUCAUGAAAAAAAAAAGUUGUGCCUCUAUGUCAUCCCUUGAUUGUCAUGGCAGCAUCCACUGCUCAACAAAUAGCUAGGACUGCAAUUGCAUUGUUCAAGAUGCCUCUAACAAUAGGGCAAUACCCUCUUAGCUAUAGUCCUGCACAAGGGGAUUUAUGCAGAUGAUUUGUAGGAUUGCAGACUUGAUUUUUUGAAUGCUUUGAUUCUGGAUUUAUGAAAACAGCUUUUUUACUAGAGAACAGUUGUACAGCCCUCAUGGCAUUACAAUUUUCUACUCAUUAGAAAAAUCUGAGACAAUUUCUCUGCAGGAACAAUGUUAAGUAUAAGAAAAGAAAAGGGCCCUAAAUUACUCAGUAUUCUACGUGAAAAAUCACUAAUACCUGCAUUUUUUUAAUAAGCAAAACUAGCUAUAAUAAGAGAGAAGACAAAUAUAAAAAGGGAACCUGAACACAUAGUAGAAGCCAGUAGAAAAAGAGGAGCUUUACCUAGUAAAAUGCAUACUUUCCCAGGGCAACAUUAUUUAUUACAGUAUUUUGAUUAUCGGUGGGUUUUUUUUCUUUUAACGUGUUUUGCAACAUCUUGGUUUCUCAUCAUUCACUUCUAUUCCAUAGUAUGGCCUGGAGCUUGUAUUCCAUUUCAAGAUGUGAUGAAUGCAAUGUUUAUUUCUUAUAUGGUAAAAGAUCAGUCAUGCAGCAAGCUGAUAUACAUGUUAAUAUAGAAAAUUUAUUUUUUUAAUAAAAUGAUAGAAAACAAGUGUCAA